GCGGAGGACAAACACUUUGCCGGGCCGUUGCAUUCGCACUGUCAGUCUCGUUUGUGAUUUAAAGUGUUUCGGUUGUUUUUCCGAGCGAGGUGCCGCGAAAGUUACUGAGAAGAAUAAAAGGAGUUACGAUUCGUAGACCAUACGAAAAGGAGUAGCAUUUGAGUGCGAGUUUGUUUUUUUUGCGCCGUCAGUGACAGAGAGGAAAUAAAAGUUCCGAAAAUGGGUCUCAACUGUGGACAUUCGACAAUCAAAUAUGUGCUCUUCAUUUUCAACCUGUUGUGCUCGCUCUGCGGUAUUGCACUGGUUGUGAUCGGAGGCGUGUCCCUGGCCAAGGUUGCCGAAUGGCAGGACAUCAGCGAUGAGCACAACAUCGUCGCCCCGUCGAUCCUGUUCAUCGUUUUCGGCUCGAUCGUGUUCAUCAUUGCCUUCUUCGGAUGCUGCGGUGCCAUUCGCGAGUCCUACUGCAUGACCUCGACCUACGGAUUCUUCCUGCUGGUGCUGAUCGUUGGACAAAUCGUCGUUGCCGCCCUGGUAUUCAUCUACGUCGGUGACGUUUCCGAUGCAUUCAAGAAAGGAUUCGCCAAGGUGUUCGACGAGCGUGACCGCCCAGCCAACGCCGAACUCAUCAAUACCAUCCAGAGCAAUCUCGAAUGCUGCGGUGUUUCUUCUGCCUUGGACUGGGGCGUUUCUAUGCCUCAAUCGUGCUGCUCAGCAGGAACGGCCCCUGCCUGCGUUCCCUUCCUGACCGGUUGCCAGAAGCGUUUGGGUGAAUUCAUUGACAGUGCCGGAAACGUGCUCGGAUGGGUGUCACUCGGAGUAGCCGCUGUCGAGCUGGUCGGACUCAUCUUCGCCUGCUGUUUGGCCAACGGAAUCCGCAACCAACAAAGAAGAUACGCUUAAGCUUGGUGUUGUUGCUUGAAUCGGGUUAAAGUAUGUUUAAUGUUUUAUUCUGAAUGGAAUCGAAAGCUGCACUUCAACAAACCCCUGAACAAAAAGAAUCGAGAAAAAAGUGAUACAAUUGUUUCGAUGGAUGAAACUCAUCCCUCCUCGAACUGUAGAUCGGUGUUACGUCCAUACCUAAUUUUAAACUUUGAAAAUCGCAAUCCAAUGCGUGUUCAAAACGAAACUGUUCGCAGCUAUGAAGCGAUCUAAUUUCGCAAAUGAAUCAUAAAUUGCUCGAAAAGUUAUUUGGAGAGAAAUAUUUUUGUACUGUGUAAAUUACUUCAUUACACAAACUACACAUCUCAAUCGGAAAUUUGUUACAUCCACUAAAAACAUCCACUCAAGAACGUUAGCAUCAGAGAAACUUUUGUCAAAUACACAACAAUCUGUAAAAAAAACUCAACAAAAUGCCUUUACAUGUACCUACUUAUUAUUUCAUUUGACAUCGUUGUGUGAUCAGAAAAAAAUCAGGUAAAAUAUGUUGCGCACAGAAUUUUCAAAUUUACCUACAUUUACAUUUGAAGCCGGGCUAGUUGAUUUGGAACACCGUUUCAGUUAGGUUGUUGUACGCAAAUAAGGCGCCGCAUACAAGAAAAAAAAAUGAACAAAAGCUAGCACGCAGCAAAAGUUACAAAGUCGUUUAUAUGUAUAUGGAAACAAAUAUAUACUUACUUAUAUAAUA